AUGGGUGAGAAACGUAAACCUGAUGAUUGGAAUGCCAAAUCUCAAAAGAAGAAAAAAUUUAAAGUAUCUUCCGGAUUUUUAGAUCCUGGCACGUCUGGAAUAUAUGCAACCUGUUCUAGAAGACAUGAACGCCAGGCUGCUCAAGAACUGCAGCUUUUAUUUGAGGAAAAACUUCAACAAAUGUAUGGAGAUAUGAAGGAUGGUGAAGGUGAAAGUGGGGACAAUGAAGAGGAAGAAGAACUAUCAAUUGAAGACCAAAUUAAAAGGGAAUUGCGGGAAAUCAAAGGUGAAGAUUCAAGCAAGGACUCGUCAUCAGGAGGGAUGAAAAGGAAGGACCCUUUAGCUUUCAUUGAUUUGAACUGUGAAUGUGUGACGUUCUGUAAAACCAGAAAACCGAUCGUUCCUGAAGAAUUCGUGCUAGACAUUAUGAAAGAUUUAGCGGAUCCCAAAAAUAUGGUUAAGCGUACUAGAUAUGUUCAAAAACUGACGCCGAUAACGUAUUCCUGCAAUGCAAAAAUGGAACAACUGAUCAAAUUGGCUAACUUGGUGAUUGGGCCACACUUUCAUGAUCCUUCUAAAGUGAAGACAGGUUAUAAAUUUGCUGUGGAAGUAACAAGAAGAAAUUUCAACACAAUCGAAAGAAUGGAUAUUAUCAAUCAAGUUGUCAAAUUAGUCAAUAAAGAAGGUUCUGAGUUCAAUCAUACCGUGAACUUGAAAGACUAUGAUAAAUUGAUUCUCGUGGAAUGCUUCAAGAGCAACAUCGGUAUGUGUGUAGUUGACGGAGACUAUAAGACCAAGUAUCGCAAAUAUAACGUUCAGCAAAUUUAUGAAUCCAAGUUCCAAAAGAAUGAUGGUGAAGAUGUAAAAUAA